UUUUCCUCUUUCUUGAAUCAUCCUCAAUUUCGGCAAACUUCAACUCGACAGCGGAUAGCAGAACCCUUGGUGAUACGGACAGAAGAUGUCGUACAACUACUCAAACCCGUUUCAGGGCUACCAAGACCGGCCAGCCCUCCCACAACGCCCAUACGAAGCGCGUCCGGGUCUCGGAAAGUCACAGAUCAAAGUCUUCUUCACUGGGCUGCCAGAAGGGCUGAGUGAUAGAGACCUCCUGGCUGUACUUAAGGAAGAUCUCAACUUGCCAUCUACGACUAGGGUUUUCAAUGCGUACCAGCCUGAUGGUUUCGACCUUGGGGCUGCCAUAGUCUGCGUCGAUACCGUCGAAGAUGCCGAGCGGAUAAGAAGUUGGUACAAUGGGAAAGUCAUCAACCAUCGAUAUACAUUGUCGGUCCACCAUGUCUUGACGCACGACAAGAAGUACCCUUCUGCCCUCAUCGAAAAGCUCCACCAAUCCUCCGAUUCAAAGCCCAUCAUCACCCGCACGCCCGUGACGCCCGUGACCCCUACCUCCAACCAUCCAAUCCCUCCAAAGGCUGUUGCGUACCAUCAGGCUGGUCAGUCAAAUGGAUUCCCUACUCCCCGUGUGAAUGGCCAUGCAAACGGGAACACAUACGGCUACUCCCCGUCCCUUCAGCCCCGUGCCCAGGCCCAACGAUCGCGCCCCGUACCGCCUAGGCCGCACUCGGCCAACAGCCUGACAUCGCGCAUCGCCAAGGCCGGACCUUCCAGAAACCGCGUCCAGCCUCAGAAUGGGGGAGGCAAAGGAAUCGCGCAACAGCAAGAGACGGACCCGGCACCUGGAUUGUCGUUGCUGAAACGUAUCAGCGGGGGACCGGGGUCGAAAAAGUCGCAUCAGCAGCUACUACUGGAACAACAAGAGCAGAAUUUUGCCCGAUCCCAAUCCCAGCCGCAACCCCAAUCUCAAUCCCAGAACCGCCCCUCCCAACCCCGCCGAGCUCAUCAAACUCGCGCCCAGCGUACCAUGACUUCCCUUCGGACACCGCAACAAUCAUCGCGUGCGAAAGUGCAGAGAGCGAAAGAACGUCUGGUGAAUGACGGGAUGGAGGUUGAUCAGGAGGUGGCUACAGGAAAUGGGAGCGGUGUUCCGGCCCGAGGGCAAGAGGCGGGGCAGAAGAAGAAGCCGAAAAGUAAAGGCAAGCCCAAGGAGAGGACAGGAGAGCAGAACCAGCAGGUGCCAGUCGAGAGCAAAACACAGGAAGUCCUGGAUCAAGAGAUGGAGAUCUGGAGGAGAGGUUGGAGAUUCUCCACAGGUGAUGGAAACAGAGGCAACGGGAACUAAAAGAAAAGGGCUAGGAAUUGGUGGCACUUUGAGCUAGGCACUGGCCGCUUGUCAAGAUCUUGUGAGGGAAGGGCUGUACCAGUACUCGUGAUCACGGUGGAUUGCAACCGUUUGGUAUGCCUGUGAAGAUUACAAGAAAUAAAGAGGGAAUAUUGUCUUGGUAUUUUUGGACCUGAUGCAUGUGAUCGAGUGA